UCGCCGCGUCCGCCUUUCGAUAUAUUUCCGGAUUUUGGGCCCGAGCUUGGAGGAUAUAUUGCCAAAAUAUUAAUCUCGGCUAGCCGCGGCUGUGUGUGUGUUGUGCGUGGAGUAGUUGUGUGUGCAGCUGGAAGAUACGACCGUCUAUAUCCCAAAACUUAUACCGAUCACAAACGCGAUUCCCGUUGGUUCCAUACUGCACAUUCGCUAGGCAACAAAAUGGUGAACGUAACCAUCUACGAUGAGGCCCCGCAGCUGAAGCCCAACGAAGUACCGCAAAACAUGGCCGCCGGAGCAGAUACUCAACUGGAGCACAUGUGCCGCCUGCAGUUCGACUCGCCAGUGCCCCAUGUCCGUCUCUCAGGAAUCGUGUGCACCAUCGGCCCAGCCUCCAGCAGCGUGGAGAUGCUGGAGAAGAUGAUGGCCACCGGCAUGAACAUUGCGCGCAUGAACUUCUCGCACGGAUCGCACGAGUACCACGCCGCCACGGUGGCCAACGUGCGCCAGGCUGUGAAGAACUACUCGGCUAAGCUGGGCUACGAGCACCCCGUGGCCAUCGCCCUGGACACCAAGGGCCCCGAGAUCCGUACUGGCCUGAUCGGAGGCAGCGGCACCGCCGAGAUCGAGCUGAAGAAGGGCGAGACCAUCAAGCUGACCACCAACAAGGACUUCCUUGAGAAGGGCUCUCUGGAGGUUGUGUACGUGGACUACGUGAACAUCGUGAACGUGGUAAAGCCUGGCAACCGGGUCUUCGUCGACGACGGCCUGAUCUCUCUGAUCGUGCGCGAGGUGGCCAAGGACACGCUCACCUGCGAGGUGGAGAACGGCGGCUCCCUGGGAUCCCGCAAGGGCGUGAACUUGCCCGGCGUGCCCGUCGAUCUGCCCGCCGUCUCCGAGAAGGACAAGAGCGAUUUGCUCUUCGGUGUGGAGCAGGGGGUGGACAUGAUCUUCGCCUCGUUCAUCCGCAACGCCGCCGCUUUGACCGAGAUCCGCAAGGUGCUCGGCGAGAAUGGCAAGAACAUCAAGAUCAUCUCGAAGAUCGAGAACCAGCAGGGCAUGCACAACCUGGACGAGAUCAUCGAGGCCGGCGACGGUAUCAUGGUAGCCCGCGGAGAUUUGGGUAUCGAGAUUCCCGCCGAAAAGGUCUUCCUUGCCCAGAAGGCCAUGAUCGCCCGCUGCAACAAGGCCGGCAAGCCCGUUAUUUGCGCCACCCAGAUGCUGGAGUCCAUGGUCAAGAAGCCCCGUCCCACCCGUGCCGAGAUCUCGGAUGUGGCCAACGCCGUUCUUGAUGGCGCCGACUGCGUGAUGUUGUCGGGCGAGACCGCCAAGGGAGAGUACCCACUGGAGUGCGUCCUGACCAUGGCCAAGACCUGCAAGGAGGCGGAGGCCGCCCUCUGGCACCAGAACCUCUUCAACGACCUGGUGCGCGGAGCCACGACCAUCGACGCCUCCCACGCUGCUGCCAUCGCCGCCGUCGAGGCCGCCACCAAGGCCAAGGCUGCCGCCAUCGUGGUGAUCACCACCAGCGGCAAGUCGGCCUUCCAGGUGAGCAAGUACCGCCCACGCUGCCCCAUCAUCGCGGUCACCCGCUUCCCGCAGACGGCCCGUCAGGCCCAUCUCUACCGUGGCCUGGUGCCACUCAUCUAUAAGGAACCCGCUCUGAGCGACUGGCUGAAGGAUGUCGACGUGCGCGUCCAGUUCGGCCUGCAGGUGGGCAAGAAGAACGGAUUCAUCAAGACCGGCGACUCCGUCGUCGUGGUCACCGGCUGGAAGCAGGGCUCCGGCUUCACCAACACCAUUCGCAUUGUCACCGUCGAAUAAACUCUGCCGCUCAGGAAGUACCUGGAUGCGUCGCAGCUUGCGCAGGCGUCGCGUUGAUUAAUGUUAAUAACCAAGUUAAUUUAUUAAUUACACAAUAUUCGGAAUAUUGGUAACUGCAGGAGGCUGCUGGAUCCGCUGUCAAGAGCGCCGAAGUCCCUCCUGGGGCCCAAACAGACACACAAAUAUGAUAUACCAUUGUUGAAUAAUAUAGAUUUCUUCGAAAAGUAUAAUAAAGUCAUCACUGUAUUUAUGUAUGUACGGAAA